AUGCAGCACGCAAUGUUUGUCUACUUGACUCAUCUAUCAACGCCCAAGCCUGAGUAUAAUUUGUCAUGGUUUCUUCGUGCUGACAGGUUCCCAUACGCUAUCCCAUAUGACCAGGGUAACACGAUUAGCAAGGCUCCCGGCAUUGGCGACGACCUCAAGAACAAGGCCGACAACUCAGCACCAAUCACUCUUCGUACCCGAAAAUUCAUUACGAACCGCCUCUUAGCGCGUCGCCAGUUCGUUGUGGACGUCCUACACCCUUCCCGCGCCAAUGUCUCAAGAGCUGAGCUUUCUGAGAAGCUUGCUACCCUGUACAAGACCGACAAGGCGCGCGUAGUUACUUUCGGUCUCCGAACACACUUUGGUGGAGGACGGAGCACAGGGUUCGCAUUGAUUUACGAUGAUGAGGCGUCGCAGAAGAAGUUCGAGCCGAGAUAUCGUCUAGUACGGUCCGGGCUUGCAACGAAGGUGGAGAAGGCGUCCCGUAAGCUACGGAAGGAACGCAAAAACCGUGCGAAGAAGUUCCGUGGAACCAAAAAGGUCAAGGCCGCAGAGCCCCCAAAGAAGGGCAAGUAG